AUGUUAUACGACGUUGGGGCCUGGUCGGCCUCGUGGGACGCCAGCUCCGCAAUAAACGAGUUGGACCGGACCGAAUCUAAAGUGGUGACUCCAAACAGCUUGCGAGGAUUAAAUGUGCCCUUUUUUUUAAACGUCUCUGCAAAAACUGGAACGAUCGAGUUGACCGGGUUGGUGAUCACAAGAACAAAGGCAUCUGGACAGGUGUCGGAGAUGGCAGAGGCGAUGUCUGCGCUGAUGCCCGCGUUGAUCUGGAACAGAUCGUCUCUGGUCAUGCCGGGCUUUCUAGGAACACCCGCAGGAAUCACCACGAUGUCCGAUCCUUUCAAUGACUCCACCAGCCCCGUGUCGCCCGCGUCCGACUUCAGAUGGUAG